AUGCCUUCUAUUCCGUGGAAACCGUUCGGAUUAAACAAUAUUUUACCGCGACGGUUUCCUCGUCAACGGCGUGGGAACAAACGUCAACCUAUUGUUCCGCUAAAAGAGUGGAAAAUAGUGCGAGGAGACACGGUAAGAAAGAGGGUGCCAUGUGAAAAAUGUAUUUCUAUGUUUUAAAUGUAUGAGGCAGGCAUUUGACGUUAUAUUGAUAUUUUCUGCGUUUUCAAACUGAAUCUGCUCGUUUGAAAAUCUGCUAAAUACUCCAGACGUAAUGUUAUGAUGGUGGCGGACUAGGAGAAUUUUUUUUCCUUGGCCUUUGGUUGUGCUUGACACUGAGGUGUUGUCACUGUGGGACUGUUUUGGGGGGACAAAUUUGACCCAGUUUCUUUUACAAACGUAAGAUAGUUACAGUUACAGGUGGUAACGAGGCUGGAGUGGACCUUUUUUGAUACAACCCUUUCUGCUUUAUUUUGUGAAUCAUGUCGUUCUUAUGUAAGCUAGUAUUUUUUAAGCAUAAUUUCCAUAAGAAAAGGAAGGAGGUUUGUAUCAAAACAAGAUCAACCUCAGCUUCACGUUCACUCAAAGGCUAGGAUACUAGGCUCACAACUGUAAAAUGGUCCACUCAAAGACUUUCCUCAAUUCACCCUCUUGAGGAAGUAGCCAGUGAAUACAACUGUCUCUUCUCACUCCUCCCUGCUAGAGGCAUUUUGCGGGAGAGACGUCUGCGAUUCGGCCCCAAAAAUUCCAUACUGAUGAGGUGAAUCAAUGUUUACUUAAUUAAACUGGUAAUCAUGGGGUUCCAGAUGUAAAUUUGUUUCUCCUGGCCCUGGUCAUUCAAACAUUAGGUAGCGCCCUCCAUGGGAUAAAUCACUAUCCAACUGAGAAGUGUUAGGGAAACCAGUUCCAUUAUCCAGUGAAUACAGAUUUAUCCAGUGGAUAGCAUUAUCCACCUUUUGAGCAACUGGGAACUGGUCUAUUAUUAUGAAGUUUUGAGUUCUUCUAAGUAAAAGUUGCAAGGGGUGGCAGGUGACACAUCUUCACCGGUGUGAAACUUUUGAAAACCUUUUACAUAUUGCUCCAGUGAGAACUCUUUCACAGAAUUUUGCGCUUUAAAAAUUGAACAAUGAUAUAGCUUCUAUGUAGUGGACCAAGAUACAGCUCAGUACAGUUUCUAUUCAGUGGAGGAAAAACGUGUAAGUUUAACAGAACCUUAUACAACAAACAAUUUAUUCAGUUCACGUGUAUUCCUGUUGAAUAUAGGAUAUGCCUGCUCAAAAUCACUUGAAAGUAAAUAUGAUAAAUUUUUAUAGCGGCUGUUAUCUUAGGUAUCUGCUUUUAAUAUCCCCAUACCGUCGAGGUUUACGCAAUCUCACAAUACAAUGUUUAACUGUAAACAGCAUGUGUUCUUUAAAUAUAUCCAGAUCUGACACUGAUUUUGGGUAUUUAUCAUGUAUUUGGUAGAAGGAUGAUUUAAAUAUGUUAUUAUGCAGCGUCCUUUGAAUGUCUGUCUAUAACCCAAUUGCUUUGUAAAUGUGACUUGUAGUUCAUUAGAGGAGAGCAUUUUAAAGCUUGAUAUUUUUUAAUACCAUAGCAUCUAGGUUGUUUAGCAAUCAGUUGGCCAUUUCGAAGUUGCGUAGGGAACUGGGGCAAUUUUCAAAUUUAAGCUAAUCAAUAUACUGACACCACCGUAUAAAAGGUCAUGUUGAAAUUGGUUAUUUGACCAUGUUUGGUGCUCUAAGGUUGAACAGGGAUCAAGUUAUGACUCUUGAAACAUGGUUAAAGAUCCAUACAACCGUCUGUAAUUUUGUGACUGCAUCCCCCAAAACCAGAUAAGCUCUUAACUUUUUCACGGUUUCUGUUAUAUUCCUGAAAAUGGGCAAACAUGGUGAUUUUUGAAUUGUAGUUCCAUCCAAGUAGUAGAUGCAUGAUGAAUUUUUCAAUUUAACAGAAAAACUGAAAAAUAUUUUAAAGAGUUUAUAUGGUUUUGGGUGUGCUUAGUGAUGAGGAAUGAGGAGAGAGACAGCUGUAUUUGCAGGUCCUGGUGGCUUACCUUUGAAGUGUUAACAGGUUUAUCCAAUUAUUCAUUUAUUUUCCAAAUACUUCCUCUCCAUGUAUGUGAUUAAUCUAGUAUGCGAUUAAUCCAUGAAUUUAUUUAUUUAUUUAUUUAUUUACUCAAGGCACCUGGUUUAGCUUGAAAUAGAUAUACCAUUAAAAUUGCCCUUAUAAUGUUAUUGUCAAACUCAGAAAACCGUGAACACCUGAAAAAUUUGGGGAAUGUUGAUUGUGUACUGGCCAAUCACAGUAAAGUUCAGGACACGUGAGCAAACCUCAAAACCAAAAACUAAUUACCAUUGCUGUUUACACUUUUGUUAUCUUGUGCCUUAUUGGCUUAUUUCGGGCAACACAAUAACAUUCCAUAAAUAUUUCUGGUGUUCUCGGUUUUGUGAGUUUCACAGUAAAAGUUGCUUUAUUUUGUCUUUGUUUAAGGUGAUGCUUCUCUCUGGAAAAGAUAAAGGAAAGACUGGAACAGUAACGGAGGUUGUUCGAAACAAGAACUGGGUUUUUGUUGAAGGACUUAACACUGUAAGUAAACUUGUAUCCAAAUGGGAUGUGUGAGGUCUUGAGGUUGGUUUCCGCAAUAAUUAUAUUGUGGGGGUCAUCAUUAUUGAAGGGCUGAAUGUGAAACUAUUGUGUGUGAAUAUUUGGUCCUGAAAAUUCAAAGUUUUCUAAACCAUGGCUUUGAACCUGCACAAUACUUUUGCUGCUAACAGCAGUAUUGCUGUCGACUAGUUUCUUUAGAUGAUCCACAGGUAAUACAGAGGUUUAUUUGGAACUACCAGGAAGCUAUUUUAAGACUUCAGUUCUAUCCAAACAAAGGCAACUGCCUUACUGUUUGGAAUCAUCCAAGAGGUGUUUUCAUGUGAUUGUUUCGAUCACGUAGUAAACACAUUUUGAGACAAGUGAUAUUUGGUGCAUUUACAAAGGCUUUACAGUCAGCUAAAACUUAAAGGCUUUGUCCUUAUGUUCUUUUUUAACCCUAUAAGCCCCAGUGGGCGAUUCCAGAAAAUAUCCAUACCAUACCACAGACAGCUUCCAUAUUUGAACCCCCUGUUGCCUUCGGAACUUCCAAAAUACAUUAUCCCCCCAUGCCCUUGGAAUUCCACAAUAAAUAUUGUUAACCCCCCUCUUGUUCGGAUUUUCCAUUUUUUUGUCAAACCCUUCAGAAUUACUGGAAGGGUUUGCAAAUAGGUCCAAUUUGGCUUAUUAUAUGCCAAAAUAUUUCAAGUGACUCUAUUUCUGUAUUUUAGUACAGCUGGUUACAGAGUUACUGAGUGGUGAUAGCAGUGACCUUCCACCAAUGUACAUUGAUGCCAUAAUUAUGUGGGUUGAGUUUGUGGUUGGUUCUCUCCUUUGCUCCGAGAGGUUUUUUCCUGGUACUCCAGUUUUCCCCUCUCCUCAUAAACCAAAAUUUGUAAAUUCCCUUUCGACCAGGAAUGAGGUAGAUGAAAAACCACAACAUGGAUGUGCUGCCUCUAAAAUUUUUUUUAUUGAUUUUUAUUUAAGUGUAGUCUAGUCUAGCUGAAAUAAUUGUGUUAUUGAGUCUCCCUGAUUAUUUUCUGUGUUGCUAGACUUAACAAUCUACUAUUGUCUUUCCUCAGCAUUUUCGCUAUUUAAAACCAUAUGGUGAUUUUAAAGGAGGCCUGGUUCCAAGUGAAGCUCCAAUCCAAGUUACAGAAUUGUCCCUGUUAGAUCCCUCUGAUGGGUAGGUGUUGAAUAAUAAUUAUUUAUAAAUAAGUUGUCUUAAGUUGUCCUUGAUUCUGUUACCUUCACUUCAUUCGUCACUCAUUAAGAUUUCACAUACUACUCGUUAAAAAGGGCAGAGAACGUAGAAGGGCUCAUGCCAGGAACAGUCAUGGCAAUAAUUGUUUACUUAGGUUUCACCAACUAUUGGCAGGGUCACCACAACAGCAUGUGGCGCCAAUUACUGCAGGCCCAUAACAGUCCCUUCCCCCAUGAGAGCUAGUCCACCACACCAGGGACAAAGUCCCCAACUCUUAACGAACAGUGCCUGGAUUCUUUAACAUCCCACAAAAUUAAUGUGUGCAAGGGUUGUGAGACAGGGCCUACAGUUUAUCAUCCUUAUCCGAGAUAGCCUGCUUGGCAGGCGUUAAAAGUGGAAGGGGUAGGGGGAAUUUGGACACGUGUGAUCUCGUGCCCUAAUUCCCUUCCCCUUCCCUUUCGAACACCUGCCUCGCAGGCUAUAUCUGAGAAGACUAGAGAGUCUAACUGUUUGCAGAUGUCUUUACAAAUGCAGAACUUUCUCGUCAACCUCACCCUUUUAAGACCCUGAGUGCUGGUCCAACCAGGAUUUGAACCAGCAGCCUCCUGCUCUGUAGACCAGUACUUAUCCAAUUGAGCCAACCGGAUGGCAGUUAAAUUGAGAAUGUUGAGGGAGUAAAUCCACUGUACCCUCUAUACCUUUCCACAAAGGGUGGGGCUCUUGAAAAAGACUUUCUGUCUUAACAUGAAAUCUAAAGGCAGCUCAGCUACAGCCUUUUAUAGCAAACCUCAAUAAAUGUGUAACCUUGGUCAUUAGUAGUAGUGUGAGUUGCAGUGCAUCAGUGAAUGCUAGUGAAAUGUUUACUGUGUGAGUGCAUAGUAGUGUUAUUGUAAGCUACCUGCCUACUUUCCCGGGAAAGAACAUUAUUUAUUUAAACAAUGUUUGUACUUACCAAAUGUCUCUGCAGAAAACCCACUGAGGUGUCUUACCGAUACACAGAGAAAGGCGACAAGGUGAGGGUAUCGGAUCGCACUGGUCGCAUUAUUCCUAAACCACCAUGGGAAAGAAGAGACUGGAAAAGUCGAACUGCUGUUAAAGGUAUGGCAUUGUUAACAUCCAUGCAUAAAUGAAUUACACUUUUUAAAAAAAUGAUAUUGUUGUCGUCUAUUAUUAUUUUAGAUAGUUUCUUGGUGUUGUGGACGGGUGCGAUCUCCAGACGACGUACUGUAAAAGAUUUAAAGCGAUUUUCGUAUGACCUAGAAAUUAAAAUGCGCGUACAAAACAAAAACAACAAACGAACGGAAAGAGAGCGAUUUGAUUGUUUUAUCGAACGGAUAGAAACGCGCGUGGCUUUUGGUUGGUUAAGCGAACGUUCGGGUGAAAAAACGUCACGCCCAAUAACUUUCUAGAAAUCAAUCGAUACUUCGCUUUGACGUCAUACUGCAACACGAUUGGCCAAUUGAACAAUGCCUUCUCCAUAUUAAGGUUUUCUUUGGCGGGAAAACGAAUAGUCCACGUUUUGAUCUUUUCAUACAUUGGCUGGUAACACAAAUAACGAACACUUGCCGAAACCACUAGAUAAUAUCCACACCAUAAAACAAACGAGAACCAAGAACAGUUUCCUCAACACCAAGAAACACCGUCCCAUUGUUUUGUCUGUUUUUCCUCAUUUUUAGAUGGUCCAUUGGACACUCCCUCCUCCGCUGUGACCAAACAGACCUAUUUACCAUCGCUGUUAUAUUUUCAUGAAGAAAUCAUGCGUGCCAUGAAUGUACCACCAUCUGUCCCAAAGACAAGGCCUGACAGACGAGACUUGAUGAUCAAGGAGGUGGAAAAGGCUGCUAACUGGGGUGGGGACGACAAGAGUUUAGCUAAUGUCAACAUUGGUUGGAUGGACAGAAUGUACUUUAGUAUGAAUCAUUAUGCCGAUAAAAUUGUGAAAUUUCUAAGAAUCGAUAAGUUGUAA